UUACUCUCAUGGCAAGAUACGUCAUGACGAACACGGAAGUAGCAGCAAAAGCCGCGAGUGGUGUAAAUUUAACGAAAACCUUCUUUUAUUCUUUGUCAAAAAACAGUUUACGCUUAGAAGAAGAGACACAUUUCUGGCGCUUUUUUGGAAUAAUAGUGUCGGAAAUCAAGCGUGAGGAACAUAAUUUGUUGUUUCUGGUCGUGAUCAUGUCGAAGCAAACUCUGGGGAAGACUUUGCUGCGGAAUGUAAUCCGCCACACUGAUGCUCACAACAAGAUCCAGGAGGAGUCCGAAAUGUGGAAGAUGCGAGGCUGGGAGGUCCAAAUGUCCAACAAUAGUCAUGUGAGCGCCACCAAGUCAAUCAGGGGUCAAAUGCACUGCGAUCGAUUUUCCUAUCAGUCCAGAGUUUCGUCGGAGCAUGACGACAGAGAGGCUCGAUACUGGACGCGGAAACUCUAUGACUUUGAGGACAACGAUCCUGACAGGUUGCUACCAGAUACGGAACACCAAUAUGGGAAAAAGCGGGAGCUUUCACAAACUGUGUAAAAAGGGCUAAGGAAGGGGAACGGUGAAGUCGACGCGGAAAUUUUUCAGCUUCUGAGGCAUUAUUAACAGAAGCAGGACGACACCCAUGUUCCAGUGAAUUCUGCAAAGCCAGGACAGGUUGUGACUUUUAACACCCAAGACCCAUUAUGAAUGCUUGGGUCUGUAAUAGCGUCGAUGCUGUUUAUACAGAAUAGCGAUGCAAGAAAAUGGUGUGGAAGGUGCCAGCUUUUACAGGCAGUUUUGGAGUGGCUGCGGAUUCGGCGUUGACAAAGUUGAUCCGGCAAUUUUCCGUCUUCGUAGUUGACAUAAGAGCUGUGACAAAGGCAUGUGUAAGGUAAGGCUGUAAUGCCUGACAUGGGUGCCUCAGCCCUGUUUAUACGGAACAGCGACAUAGGAAAAAUCCCUGAAAAUGUCAGCUUUUGCAAGCAAUAUAAAAGUGGAUAGAAAUGGGUGGACAAAGUCGACCUGGCAGUUUUCCACCUAAUGAGGAAGAAUCAAAGUAUUACCUCGACAUUCACUUCUCCCACCCAAAUCAAAGCAUUUAGAAAGUAUAUUGUAUACGACGCUGUUUCAAUGGGUUCUGUGUAAAAGGCAAAGGGGGCUAAAGUCCGGGUCUUCUGUCAUGGCUCUGAAGCAAAAGAUUGAUCUUGAAAGCUGGAAAAUUAAUGUGCUGACUUCGGCCCACCAUUCCAAAUCUGUUCCUCUUACACAGAAGUAUGAAAAGGGGCUGCAGAAUGUGGGGCACGGAAUCCACCUGAUCAUUUUUAAACGUCGGUGAUAGUAUCAGAGUCAUAGCAAAGGUUGGCAGGCACGUGUGCGUUCUGGAAUUCCGUAAUGGACAUGAGUUUGAAGUUUACUACCUCUGAUGCCAGAAAACUACUUUUGCUAAUACAGAACAGCGACAACAACGAAAAGCUCGCUAGCUUUUACAGGCAGUGUGAAAGUUUCACACCAGACUUGUUGUGGUUUGGCAUAAAUAUUUAAUACGUCACACCGGGAAGACACACGUGUAGAAGGGAUUUCUGCAUCAAAGGCAAACAUGAAUACAUUUUGACUUUGAAAGAGGCUCGAGCAAUGGAGUGUGGUAUACAAACUGUAUGUAAAAGAAGGAAAGUUCAGUGGUAUGUAACUUUUAAGUGCAAUACAUUUGUUUUAUUUGUUUUUAAACAUUUAUUGUGGUACAAUUUGUAUUUACUGUUUAUGUGCAGUGCAUUUUAAUGUACAGUAAUCAUUAAUCACCAGUAUUUAAUAAAACCCCUGCCUCAUUUUUUUUAACCAACAUUUACCGACUUUGUAUUGUAUUUUAAUGUUGGUCAUGAUGGUGGUAUUUGAGGUGGUAUUUUUCCUAUUAAUUUUUUUUCGGUGGUACUUGGUCUUUAGUUUGAGAAUCACUGGGUUAGUGCAUCCCAGUGCUAUCAUGACCUGAAACAAGUGUUUUGU